UUGUCGUAAGGCAAUCCAAACAAAUCAACAAAUAGCAAGAAAACAGAGAGUGAGAGUGAUCGGAAUUUGGAGAAAAUGGCGAGGAAGGCGGUGCUGAUAGGAUGCAACUACCCAGGAACAAAGGCGGAGCUCAAAGGCUGCAUAAACGACGUCAAGCGAAUGUACAGCUGCCUCGUCGACCGCUACGGCUUCUCCGAGGACGACAUCCAAGUCCUGAUCGACACCGACGACUCCUACACUCAGCCCACCGGAAAAAACAUCCGCCGGGCCAUCACCAACCUCAUCCGAUCCGCCGACUCCGGCGACGUCCUCUUUGUCCACUACAGCGGCCAUGGGACCCGCCUUCCCGCCGAGACCGGCGAUGAUGAUGAUACGGGAUACGAUGAGUGCGUCGUCCCCACUGACAUGAACCUCAUCACUGAUGAUGACUUCAGGGGGUUUGUAGACCAGCUGCCAGCAGGUUGCAGGCUGACAAUUGUAUCAGAUUCGUGCCACAGCGGUGGGCUCAUUGAUGAAGCGAUAGAACAGAUAGGAGAGAGCACCAAGGGGCAAGAGCGUGAGCACAAGUCCGGCUCCGGCAGUGGCAGUUUUGGUGGAUUCAAGAACUUUCUCAAGGACAGGGCGGGAGAUGCACUGGAGUCUCGUGGGAUCCACAUGCCAUCUGCAUUGCGCCGCGGUCGACAUAAUGAAGAAGAAGAAGAAGAGACGGAAGACAGAGAGAUCGAAACUGAAGAUGGGGACAGGGUCUAUGUCAAAGCCAAGUCUCUACCACUCUCUACUCUCAUAGAGAUACUCAAGCAGAAAACAGGUAAGGACGACAUUGAUGUUGGGCAGCUGAGGCCAACACUUUUCGAUGUUUUCGGAGAGGAUGCCAGCCCUAAGGUGAAGAAGUUCAUGAAGGUGAUCAUAAAUAAACUCCAAAGCCACGAGGGUGGAGGUAGUGGGUUACUGGGGAAGAUUGGAAGCUUGGCUCAAGGGUUUCUUGAACAAAAGCUUCAAGACAACGAUGAGUACGCAAAGCCUGCCUUAGAGACGGAAGUGGGCAGCAAGGAAGAGGUUUAUGCCGGAGCAAAUCAUCGCGGCUUUCCUGAUGGCGGGAUUCUCAUAAGCGGUUGCCAGACAGACCAAACGUCUGCAGAUGCCACUCCUCCAGGAAAUGCAGCUGAAUCUUAUGGAGCUCUUAGUAAUGCAAUUCAGAAGAUACUCUCAGAGCAAGACGGUGAAAUUUCUAACCAAGUAGCUUGUUCUUAAGGCGAGGGAGACUCUGAAGAGACAGGGUUUCGCUCAGCGACCUGGCCUCUAUUGCCAUGACCAUCACGUCGAUGCUCCUUUCGUUUGCUGAUCUGAAAGCGUGUGUGUGUGUGUGUGUGUCUAUAUAUAUAUAUAUAUAUAUAUAUGAUUGAGGUACUUUGUGCUGUGCAAUAUGUAUAGCUAUUGUGAUAAGUAACUAUGAGUGGGUUACUUUGUGCUGUGCAUGUGGAUAAGACUUGCAUAGAAUUAUGGUUCACCGUUCUGUGACAUCUCAGUCUAAUAUUUGCAUUGCUGCCACAUGGAGAAAACUUGUACCUAGCAAUGCAUUAUAAAAUUGAGAUGCCACAGUGACGAGGAACCAAUUACAUGCAAGUCACUCUGAUAUUUUCGCAGGUUUUAUUGGAUUUUCCAUUUUAUCCACUUGAUUUUUAAUGAA